AUGCGGUUAAUUUUCAUUGCGAAAAUGCUUCAAUAUUCAUUUCUACCAUUUUCCCCGUUCAAUCUUUUGAAUUUUGAUAAUAGUAUAAGCGUAAGCUGGUUUAUAACAUACUCAGUGAUCGUUUCCAUUUGGGGGUUUGCUGUGUGGAUUGAAGGAGCAUAUAGGAAUAAGAUUAAUCUACAGCUUCCAAGAUGUACGAAGAUAAAAUGCUCCCGCUACAAUACGAGAAUAAAAUCCCCCAAGUGGUUCAACUGUAAAAAUUGGAUGCAUUUUUUCCUAUUAUACCUUUUUCUAACCGCUUCUAACUUAAUUGUUCAAUUGGCCUAUUUUUCAAAAGAAAUGUGUAGUCAGGGUAUAAACGUUCCUGGAACGAAGAAACCAGGUAAUAGAGUUUAUUUAUCGGUUAUCAUACUAAUGGGGAACGGGUGA